GUAGAACCUUUAUUGGUAGUACCUUUUAAAGUGUGCAAUUCAAUUUUUUUUAGCAUAAUGGAUGCAGAGGUGUGACAGGAGGCAGGCAGAGAGGUGCCGCUUAACCGGUUUAACCGGUGGCUCGUGUUGAGAGGGGUUUAGGCGGUCGGGAGUUUGCUUUCCCUGCAGCCCAGGGGAGACGCAAUAGCAGUAGAGGACGGGGUGUGGGGCCCAGGCUGUGGCAGCUGUGGCUCUGGAGGGAGCGCGGAGGCGUCCUGUGUGCGCUCUGCAGAAGGGGCGGCUGCGGGCAGCCUGGGCCGAGGCAGCAGUGGACGGCACAGCGUGCAGGAAGAGCUGUGCUCCGCUCUGGGUGAAGGUAGAUGCGGCCUGGCAGCCAGUGUGGGACUGAGAGGGUGCAGGAGCGGAGGGAGCCCCGAGAGGCGGGAGAGGCUGAGGGAGAGGGGCCCAAGACGGUGGCGCUGCCCGGAGAUCUGAGGGCGGGGAGCCUGAGUGCGUCAGUGUGUGAGUGUGCGUGCAGGGCCCUGCAGACCUGUGGACUUGAGAGGCCGAUGGGCCGAGCUGCACUGCCCUAAGGUCGGGUGCAGAGGCCGUGCGGAGGUGAUGGGGCGGCCCCUGAAGGGAGCUGUGGCCUGGAAGGACUCGUGCGCUGCCCAAGCUCAGGCUGUGCAGGCAGGGGCCGCGGGAGGAGCUUGCGCCUCGGAGACUCGGAGUCCGACCGCUCAGCCGUGGGCCCUGCGGGGCUGCGCUGCAGAGGCGCUGCCGGCUGAGGCCGGCGCGCCGGUCCGGGCAUCUGGGCAGCGGGGACCGGGCAGCGAGGCCGUGGUCGUCCGGAGGCCUCAUGGCUCCGCCGCGUGUCCGGAAGGAGAGAGGGCCUGGCGGGACCUCGGGCGACCCACGGUCCCCGUGUGCUGGACGGGGUGGUGCGGAUCCAAGGAGGACGGGGCGCCAGCUGCUCGGACUCCGCCCCCAGUGCCUGGUGCGCACCCCGGUGGGCCCUCGAACGGGAACAGCGCCGCUCCGCAGCAUGUGCGCCCGGAGUCCGCUGCUCCUGGAGAGGCAACACCCUGGACAGCUCUGCCAAGUAGGCCGAGUCUCCGCGUCCCAGCAGGGCGCCGCAGCCACCCGGUCCCAGCGAAGUCGCCGCGCCGCCUUCUGCUCCUGGCCGUGGUCGCGCUCUGCCCCCUGGGUGUCGCCGCUGUUCCCCGCUCUGCUCCUCCUCCAGCGCCCCAACAGCUGGGGAAACAGCCCAGGAAGCUGAUCCUGCAGCCCUUCUCAGCUGCCCUGCUCCCAGGCAGCUGCACUGGCCUCUGGCCUUCGAUUUCUUCCACUUCAGAGUCCCCUGGAUUUGCCUUGGGGGCCUCACUCCUACUUGACCUAAGGUCCCAGGGGCUCCUACCUACACCCCAAGGCGGGAGACUUGCUGGCCUGAUGCACCAGUGAUGGCACCAGUCCCAGAGGGAGCAGCUGAACAAGGGACAGGGUCCUGGGCCCAAGCUCCCCUGCAGGAGACUAUCUGUGGCUUCACCACGAACCUGAACACCAGCUUCUCCUGCUGCCCUGUGGCCACUCAGGGAACAGAAAACGUGUAUCUGUGCGGAUUUUAGAACACAUUUUGCACCCCGCGCCUGACUUGUGCCGGUGUCACGCCAUCGUGUGCCCAGCGGGGUCCCCGUGGUGGGAAUCAGGGUCCUUCCUGGUGAGGAGGGCGCGUGGCUCUGGGCGUCUGUGCUCAGCCCUGUGGCCACACGGGGGCGCUGCGGCGCUGCUCGCGGGUCCGGCUGAGAAGCCCUGAGGAGGCUGCGUGCGGCGGGGCUGAGGGCUCCCGAGCAUCCUCGCAACCCGGGCCGCAACCCGGGCCCAGGACGGGACGAGGCCCAGGCUGAAGAGGAAGCCAGCCCGGGAGCGCUGGUGCCUCCCCGAGGGUCUUGUCUCCUCCCUGCCACCCCUCCUGCCACCUCCCGACCGCAACACCCCGGCCAGCUGCAAAGCACACGCGUUUUCAUGGACUCCUUACUUCGCGGCACAGCGAAGUCAGGUUUCGGAAACUCUCCGUUCACUAAGGCUUUUAAAUAAAAUCACCUCUUAUUAGGGAACAGCAGCCCAGUAUCCACCUAAUAUCCCACCGUGCGCACUUCAGAGAAUCAAACUGGAUGACGGAAGACAGAGCAACCGUGCCUGGAUUUGGACAAGAGCUUAGCGCUUCCCAGAAACUCUAGGUAUUUCCCACUGCGUGUAGCACGUCAGGAUAAUAAUCUGACAGCAUCGUUCAGGGCCAUCUGGUUAUCAAAUUUAUAAGAUUUUUAUAUCAAGUGUGAGUGUUAAUAGUUGUCCAUUUAAUCAGCUGUGAGUCAGAUUUCAUCAGAAUUACACAGCAGCCAUUGAAAAGACUGAAAAACAAGUAGAAGGUUGAACAAACCCCAGGUUUUGAAACUUAGUUUUCCUGAGUAAUCAAAACCUGAUGAGGAUAACAGUAACCACAAGAAAUUUUUGUGGUAAAACACAAAAUCUUUUUCUUUUAAGGUAGUUCCUCAUAAAUAUUAAGAAGAGGUGAAAGACAUUGUAAGACCACUCCGUGUUUUACUUUUCUUAUGUCAGAUUAAAUGCUUAUUGCAUUGUU